CCGGCGGAGCGGGGCCAUGGCGGAGCCGGGCUGCGGGGCUCAGUUCCAGGCGGCCGUGCGCGUCAUCCAGGGGCUGCCCCGGAGCGGUUCGUACCGGCCUUCCUACGAGGAGAUGCUGCGCUUCUACAGCUACUACAAGCAGGCGACGGCGGGCCGCUGCCAGGAGCCCCGGCCCGGCUUCUGGGACCCCAUCGGCCGCUACAAGUGGGACGCGUGGCACAGCCUGGGCCGGAUGAGCAGGGAGGAGGCCAUGGCUGCGUACGUGGCCGAGAUGAAGAAGGUGGCCCAGAAGAUCAUCGCCACGCUGCGCCCGGACGAAACGACGCAGGAGAUGUUCCGCUACUUCGAGCCGCUCUACGAGGUGAUCCGCGACAUGCCGCGGCCCCCGGAGGGCUUCUUCCGACGGCCGGGCGAUGAGCAGGAGCAGCCAGCCGAGCACGGCCAGGAGGAGCGAGUGAACGGCCCAGCCCCGGAGCGGCUGGAGGAUGCACUGCCCAGGGAGCAGCAGGACGGGCAGCGGACGCCAGGAGCAAGGCCGGCUCCUGCUGCCGACACGCACCAGGGCAGCCAGGGCACCAGCGACUCUGAGGGGGAAGUGUUCUGCGAUACCAUGGAGCAGAUGGAGCCUGAGCAGGCUGGGCAGCUGCUGGCUGAGCGGGGGCUGGUCCCAAAGAGUGCCCCGGCCGGGCGCGUGGCUGGGCGGGCAGAGCGGGGUGAAGGCAGAAGACGGGAGGGGAGCGGCGGUGCCGACCUCGCGGCCCGGGGCUCUGACAGAGAUCCGCAGCUCACCGGGGCAGAGGAGGACGCGGGGAGCCCCGCCGAGCCCACUGCCGUGGAGCUGCAGCCGGAGCUGGACGCCCACGUGGCCGGCACCGUGCGGGCCCUGCAGGACGACAUGCAGCGCGUGCUGGAGCGGCUGAACGAGCUGGAGCUGCUCACCUCCGCGAAGGACGCACCUGGGGCCGAUCCCGGAGAGCUGCUCGCUGUGCAGGUGGAGUCCCCGUGGCCGCUACCCGCGUCCCCGCACACCCUGCUGUUCCUCGUGGCCUGGCCCUUCGUCACCCAGUGGCUGCUGCGGCGCUGGCGGGGCAGGAAGAGGUGACGCGUCCACGUCGCGGCCUCCCGGCGCCCCGCGCAGCAGCCACCGUUCCCGGUUCUGCUUCUCCCGCUCCGCCGCCAGCUCGGGGCGGAGCAGCC